AUUGAUAAAUCAAUAGUAAAUUAUUAAUUAUUUUUGAUAUCAAAAACUGAUGGCAACGGCCCUUAAGAGACAACAAUCUCGAAGAAGAUUAGCGGCCAUUACUUUCUUGUCUAAUAUAUCACUGGAUGGCACACAUCGGGACACAAAAAUUGGAUCAGUCUUUCCACAUGUCUUUCACUUUUCACUUUAUGAAUCACAUCCUCGAAAAUCGUCGUUUGGAAGCAUUAAGAGAAGUCGCGAACGGAAGGAAAAGACUUAUGGAAGCAAUGAAAGCAUUGGUAAUUCAUUGAAUGGCAGAGCGCGGACUACAUCUAGCAGUUCAUACACCAGUAGCACAAAUGGUCAGUCGGGUCCACAAGAGUUAUGCUUUUUGAAAGCACCAAAAGACCAUCUUUUGAGAGAUGAGCGCAUUGUGUUUGUUUCGGGCAAAAGGGCGCCAAUCGCUAUAUUUUCGGCACUUCCGCAUACAAGACGUGCCAUUCAUAGUGUCCUUAGAAGUGAUACAAAUAAAGAUUUAAGUAAAAGACGUCACGCAUCGGGCAGUUGCCAGUUGUCAACGAUUAGUGAUGGUUUUGAUCCGUUAGAUAUGUUGACACUAAUGGGUUUCGAUCCAUCUAUUGAAGGACAAGACGUGUCCUUUAGUGAGUUAUUGAAUAGCAGUUCCAGUCAGAAGCGUAUGAAGACGUCUAAUAUUUAUCCAAUGAAUGAGACACAAGUGUACAAUCAUAACGUGAUUACACGUGUUAUAUCUCAUGAAUCAGCGAUCAAGAAUCAGAUGAAUUUGACACAAAUACAUAACAACAACAACAAUGUCGACAAUACCAAUACAUUUGAUGAGAAGCGUCAGAUUCUGCAUCAGAUAUAUAGCAAUCAGAAUGUUGUUUAUCACCCAAACCUAUUGGACGAUCCGGAACUCAUUGCUGGCAAACACAGCACUCUUCUGGCGUUUCCAUCAUUUGUUACAUCGAUUAUUGAUUACGUGAAGCCAACUGACCUUAAGAAAGAACUCAACGAUAAAUUUAAGGAAAGGUUUCCACACAUUCAUCUCACUCUAAGCAAACUCAGGAGUUUAAAGAAAGAGAUGUCUAAAAUUGCCAGACAUGAGUGUGGAAUCGAUUUUCUGACUAUAGCUCAGGCAUACGUCUACUUCGAGAAACUGAUACUCAAGUCAUUGAUUACUAAACCAAAUCGUAAACUAUGUGCCGGCGCUUGUCUUAUAUUAUCUGCCAAAUUAAAUGAUGUUAAAGGAACUGAUCUUAAGAUAUUGAUUGAGAGAAUAGAGUCGGGCUUUCGUUUGAACCGAAAAGAGUUGAUAUCAAUGGAGUUCUCAGUAUUGGUUGCGUUAGAGUUUUCUCUUCAUUUGCCGAAUUGGCAAAUCAUUCCUCACUUUCAACGUCUUCUCUAUGAAUCUUAGUUUUAAUG